AGAGACAGACGCUUAAUCCGUCAGAGACAGGGGAAAAUGGCAGUGUUGCUAGGCUUAUACGCCUUGGGCAUUAUAUCCCUGGCUAUUUCUGUCAUACUCUUGGCAUGUAGCACAUAUCAGCCACUUAGGCAAUAUGUUCAUAAAUGGAGGGAGAUGCAGCCCAUCCCAGGCAUGGCAGGAGCUUAUCCCAUCAUUGGCAAUGCUCUGCAGUUUAAAACAAAUGCCGGAGAUUUCUUCAACCAGAUGAUCGAGGGCACAAAUGAGUUCAGACACCUUCCACUGGCCAAACUAUGGCUUGGACCUGUUCCAUUUGUCGUCCUGUACCACGCUGAAAACAUUGAGGUGGUCCUCAGCUCCUCCAGGCACCUGGAUAAAUCAUACUCCUACACCUUCCUACACCCUUGGCUUGGCACAGGUCUCCUCACCAGCACAGGUGACAAGUGGCGUAGUCGGCGCAAGAUGUUGACCCCGACGUUCCACUUCUCCAUCCUGACCGACUUUCUGGAGGUGAUGAAUGAGCAGGCGGAGGUGCUGGUGGGGAAACUGCAGAAGCAUGCGGGGGGCCAUCCCUUCAACUGCUUCAAUUUUAUCACCCUCUGUGCUCUUGAUAUUAUAUGCGAGACUGCGAUGGGAAAGAAGAUCUAUGCUCAAAGUAACUCUGACUCUGAAUAUGUCAAAAGUGUUUAUAAGAUGACUGACAUUAUCUCCAGGAGACAGAGGGCACCAUGGUUCUGGUCCGACUGGACCUAUAACUUACUAGGAGAGGGGAAAGAGCAGUUCCACAGGCUACAGAUCCUGCACAACUUCACUGAAAAUGUGAUUACUGAGAGAGCCGAGCAGAUGACGAGCGCAGGGUCGGACAGCGAGUCAGAUCAGGGCGGCAGCAGCCGGAGAAGAAGAGCUUUCCUGGACAUGCUGCUCAAGAGCAGGGAUGAAGACGGCAAUUACCUCAACCACAAAGACAUCCAGGAGGAGGUGGACACCUUCAUGUUUGAGGGUCACGACACCACUGCAGCGUCCAUGAACUGGGCACUGCAUCUGAUUGGCUCCCAUCCUGAAGUUCAGAGAAGAGUGCACGAGGAGCUUGAUGAAGUCUUUGGAGUUUCAGACGGUCCCGUGACUGUAGAGCACCUGAAGAAGCUGCGCUACCUGGAGUGUGUCAUCAAGGAGACCCUGCGCAUCUUCCCCUCCGUGCCCCUGUUCGCACGCAGCCUCUGCGAGGACUGUCACAUCAAUGGAUUCAAAGUACCAAAAGGGGUGAACGCCGUCAUUAUUCCCUAUGCUUUGCAUCGAGACCCUCGAUACUUUCCAGAACCAGAAGAGUUCCGUCCGGAACGGUUCCUGCCCGAGAACAGCGAAGGCAGACACCCGUACGCAUUCAUCCCCUUCUCGGCUGGCCCCAGGAACUGCAUUGGCCAGCGCUUUGCCAUGAUGGAGGAGAAAGUGAUUCUUGCCUGGGUGUUGCGUCACUUCGAGGUGCGGGCGUGCCAGGAUCGGGAGCAGCUCCGGCCCAUGGGGGAGCUUAUCCUCCGACCGGAAAGGGGCAUCUGGAUCCGGCUCAGCAGGAGGAGCCCUCAGAGUCAGGCCAGCCGCACCGCACAAGCCACACAGGAGUGAACCAAUCGCAACCCCCCUCUCACUCUUUUGGGUGUAGGACCAAAGCCCGUCUCAGGGAAACGGGCGCCAUGCACCAUCAUCAGAUGCUCACAUUACAUUUCAUUACAUUACAUUGCAUUAUAUUACACUUAGCUGAUGCUUUUUAUCCAAAGCCGCUAACAGUUAUUUGCAGGGUGUAUUGAUUUACAGUCCCUGGAGCAAUUAGGGGUUAGGUGCCUUGGUCAAGGGCACCUCAGUCAUGGAUAGAGUUGUAGGGAGACCUGGUUAGGGGGGAUUCAAAUAACCCUCUGAUCUGAAGUCCACCUCCCGAACUACCUCCAUAACUAAUCGGCCACGGCUGCUGACAAUGUGUUUAGACCUUAGAACCUGCCCACUUCAAUUCAAUAUAAUGUGUCAGGGUAAAUACAUAAUUCUUCCAAAUUGGUCUUUAUAAACAAAGUGUAGCUGUGCGAGUAGUAAGUCAAUGGCUACUCACUUGUUUUAUGGAUACAAGGACCAAACAAAUGUGAUAUCAUACUUUUAAUUUUCACUCCCAGAGUCGUGAAUUCACAUGGCAAACUUUGGCAGCCUGCACACUUCAGUUCAUAUAAUGUGUCACUGUAAAUAUAUUAAUUCUGUUAAACGAAUCUUUAAAAAUGCAGCUGUGACUGCUUCUGAUGUCCAAUGGAACACAUAACUCCAGUGUGAAGCAUACUCUGGUAGAUGACUCUUUUUAUUGCUUUUUGAGGAGAGUCUACUCUCCUUAAGUAUGCAUUUUUUUUCUCGUUAGAUGGAUACUUUGGGUGAGGUGAAUUUUUAAAAAGCAUUCUGCCUGCCUUCAGCUUAUCAUGACACCAAUGAAAGGAGAAAAAAAACAGUGGCUGAGGCAAACUGGAGCUUUGGAAACUUAAAAGCAGUUAAGCUAAAUAUAAAAUCGAUCAGAGAUACCACAGUUGGUGGUUAAAAAGCCAAGCUUCUAUUGUUGUUUUGUCAGGUAAUAAACAUCACAUGGCAUAACGAAA